UUCUGUCAGUCUUUUGAAACAUGGCGGAUUAAAUGGACGUAAAAUUAUUGUGUUGUGCUUCUCAGUUCUAAUGAAAGUGAUAUAGUAUAAAAAUGGAUGCAAAAUAAUUAAAGUACGAAUUUUAAUAAAUAUAUCCACGCACUUUUUAAGAGCUGAUUAAAAUAACCAGGAAAGGUAUGCGUGUUUUCGAUAAAACAAUUGAAUUAUACGGCCGACGCGUAUUACGAGACUCGUGUUAAAUCGUGAUUCGUGUAUCAAAGGAGUAUAAUCAUUGAAAGUGCACUAAACGACAAUAGUUCGGGAAAAUGUAUUUUUAAAUAUGUAUUGCGGAAUUACAAGUGCUUUCUACAAUUAUACGAUAUAAAAUAAAAUCAUAGUUUUCACAGUGAGUUGAAGUUGAAGGCAUCUGUUAAAGAAAUAGUACAAAAGCCUACGUUACGAUUCGUAGUUUAGUGUGGUAUUUGUGCAAAUCGUGAAUAAAAAAUGUGUCUGAGUAUAACCAAUCGCAGCAUCAAUCCAUUGUCCAUUGUGCCAUGCAUGCGAAAUGGAGUUAAAUUUAACUUGAUACUAAUACUGUUCUUGAAUCUGUUGCUGAAUUCACGCAGUCAAUUGCUGAUAAACGUACAAAAUCAAGGUGGCGAGGUCAUUCAAGAAAGCAUCACCUCCAAUGUCAGCGAGGACAUAAUUACUUUAGAAUUUCAAAAAACGGAUGGUACACUUAUCACACAAGUCAUUGAUUUUCGAAAUGAAGUCAAAAUCGUCAAAGCUCUCGUGCUGGGUGAAGAGGAACGUGGCCAAAGUCAAUAUCAAGUCAUGUGCUUUGUGACGAAAUUCAAUAAAGGCGAUUUUAUCUCUUCCGACGCAAUGGCCAAAUUACGUCAGAAGAAUCCCAGCACGAUACGUACACCGGAGGAGGAUAAGGGGCGGGAGUCGUUUACGAUGACAUCGUGGGUUCAUCUAAAUCGCUCUUUACCAAUAACGCGCCAUCUGCAAACUUUGUGUGCUGAGGCCGCUGAUGCGACAUAUGUGCGCAGUGCCGAUUUGAAGGCGUGGGCUGAAUUGCCAGGCUCAUCUAUAUCCAGCCUAGAGGCAGCCACAGAGAAAUUUCCCGAUACACUUUUCUCGCGUUGCAAUGAGGUUAGCGGCUUAUGGGCACCAUGCCUAUGCACACUAGAAACCUGCAUCGGCUGGUAUCCUUGCGGCCUCAAAUAUUGCAAAGCUAAGAAUGGUGGCGACUCGUCGGCGGCACAGCCCAACUAUCGUUGCGGCAUUAAGACGUGUCGCAAGUGCAGUCAAUUUACCUAUUAUGUGCGACAGAAACAACAAUGUCUAUGGGAUGAAUGACGAGGGCUGCAUAUGGGCAUUAACAGUUACUGCAACCAUAAAACUUGCUCAGUGAAUAAAUGGCCAACAACAACAGCAGCCAGCAAUCGUUAUCGUUCGUCAUCACCGCCACAUCGACGUUGGUAUGCGAAUAAGAAUAUAUUUUGUGGUAGCAAUAAACUCUGCGUUUCAUACAACAAUCGAGACUUUGCCACGGCGGUGGCAGUCAAUCACGAACAAAUGUUUCUGUUACAAUUGCCAUUGCUCUUCGUAGUAUCAUCGUCAUCAGAUGCGGUAGCAGCGACACCAAUAAACUAUUGAAGCCGUUAUAACCAAGUAAUCUUUUUUGAUUUACUAAUAUAUUUUUGUUCAAGUUUAGUAUAGUGUAUAUACUAAUAUAUAUAAAUUAAUAUAAGAAAAAUUUUGAUUAUUUGUGGUUUACCUUAUGUCAUCAAAAGUCGAACUUUAGUUCUUUGUAUUUAUGCGUAUUUUUUGAAACAUCUUCUUGUUUGAACUCGUUUUGCUAUUUCAAAGAAAGACAUUUCUAUUAAAGACUGCUAGAUAUGUUAGUGUUAACAAAAAUAUAAUGAAAGUUAUGAGUACAUAUUGAAUGUUGUGAAUAUUGUUUUGCGUUUUUUGCUGCACACUAGUUGAAUAUCUGCGUUGCAAGAGAUGUUUUACUUCCCAGUAGACAAUUUCAGUUAACCCUAGAACGUCAUCCUUAUUUAUUGUACACUAACGUCAUCCUUCGUCAUUUUGACUACGAUGUAUUUUAAAAAGCUGUAAAAAAAGUUGUCAACAAAAAUAGGUAUCAAAAUUGAUUUGUUAUUUUUAUUUAGAUACUUUAAAAUUAAUAUUUAACGAAACUCAUAAAAUCAUUUUGGCGUAAAAUUAACAUUGAAUAGCCUUCUUUCAAUUGGCAUGGGUUUUUAAACAACUUAUUAUAUAACAUUUCAAAUAAAAAAUAAAUCACAUUUUUAUCCAUUAAGUCUUAUAGUUUCUUAUAAAUAGUACAUUAAACUAAAAAAGGAACAUUAGUUUUAAGAUAAAUUAUUUCAUAUAAAGCAUGAGUCACAAACUUCUAUUUUGUGCUCGCCGCACAGCCUUUUCUUGCACUUUGCACAAACGACGUUUGUCAUUCUUCGUUUAGCAGAAGGACAAACGGCGCAUAUUUUUCUUUUUCCAGUUGAACUUUUUGGUAUUUUGUUUUCAGAUUCUGUAGAUUUAUUUAUUUGAAGCUGAUUCUCGAUA